CGCUUUCUUUCUAACUCAAAUGGCUACUCUCGAUUACAUUUCCAUACCUUCUUGUGCCUCUCGUCUUAAAAUUCACUCUUCCUCAGAACUGUCUUCUGCCGAUGAGAGCGAUAUCCGACCUGCUCCGAAACUUCGCACCAAUUUACCUCGUCCAACUUCAGAGUCCUCUGAAGGUCCUACAUCACCUUUAAAAGGUUUCGCCGGGAGCUCUGCGUUGAAUUUACUUCCCAACCUGCUUCUCUCGUCGUCACUACCUUCUACUUCGGUCUCAGAUCCUACCUUUCCAAGUGAUUCCAAGUCGAAUCCAGGUAGAAAACGGUUCAAGAAGCUUCACCAAGAACCCAUUGUACUUUUAUCGAAUAAGGACCCGUUGUCGAUUCAAAUAACGUCUGUCAACUUCAAACGCUUCAUUGAGCGUGUGGGACCAGUCUUUUGGCUUCAAGAUCGUCUUGAGGAAAUAGUUUUCUGGAGAAGAGGAUCGAAAGUGACCGGAACGUGGUUGGCUGUCUAUUGCUUCCUAUGUUAUAUCCCAAGACUUGUAUUCUUACUCCCGCACGUUAUCUUAAUUGCAAUAAUCCUCGCAAGUGUACAUUAUCCACCGUACAAACCUCCUCCACCGUCUGUGUCAUUCUCUGACCAUACUUCUGCUGCAACACCGACGGAUGCUACCACAGACGCGAAUUACGCGACUCCUUCCACGGCAGGGUCGUCGUUGCCCGCUCCUGUAGCAGAAGAUAGUGUUGAUUGGCAAGCGAACAUCCAAGCUAUCCAAAAUCUAAUGGGACUAUAUGCAGACAUUCAUAUUGCUAUAACACCCUACCUCAGUCACCUUUCGCUUUCACCAAACGAUCCACAAAUUUCCAAACCUAAAUCACCGUAUACUCUUCCGAUUCUUACAGUCCUGAUCCUGUCAUUCCCGAUAUUGGUUUUUCUCGUUACUUCAACCAUCUUCCCUGCUCGACUGGUGUGCUUCGUAUGCGGUGCAGGUCCGGUGUUGUUUCUCAACCCUCAACUACGCCAAUGGACCUCCGAUACCAUUAGUUUACUCACAUACCUCCAAUCAUCUCUUCCAGACUCAAGGUACUCUCCUAUCAUCAUCCUUCCCAUCCCUCCAAUAAUGCGUCGACUUUCGUUCCGUCUUUUCGGGGUCUCUCCUCCAUCACAAAUAACCCUCGAUUCAUAUUCCAUCAACCUCCUUCGAAAACGCGUUAAAAUGCGUUUUCAGAGGAUUCUGGAUGAUAAUAAUCUUUCAAACGAUGUGUGGAUCAGUGAGAUGCGGGAGGUCGAGUUAUGGGAGAACGAACGGCUAGAUCCUGGGAUUACAGCAAUCUCAGCCAAUUUAACCUUCUCCCUUGCUCCAAACUGGGAAUUUGUCCCUACGGAGGAUUGGAGAGCGGAUCUUGUAGGUGAUUGGAUAAGGGAAGGCUGGGUCAGCGAUGAGGAUGAGGAUGGCUGGAUAUACACGAACGAUGUGUGGCUUGUCCCGGCCGACCAUGCGUAUUCAGGAGCGGUGACGCGGAGGAGGCGGUGGGUUAGAAGAAUUUGGUAUAACUCUGGUGGAGGGUCACAGUCUUGA